AUGGAUUGUGGUAAAUCAAAACACACAUCUGGCACCAGCCUUCAUCCUAAAAAUCCUUGUACUUCCACCAGCAAAUGUGGCUGUUUUCUGGGGUCCACUGGGACCUUUGUGGUAGAGGCCGCACAGCCUCUACCAAAUGUCCUCCCAGCAGGGGAACCACCUCUUUCCAUGUGGCCUGAAGACCUCUCGGACAUUCUGCUCUGCUCCUGGGGAUUCCCCCUUCCCACCAGAGCUCUCCAGAGUGUCUCCCGGGCCCUCUGGGUGGACAUGGUGUGCUGUGUCAUGGUGAUUGGUGACAAGGGGAAGUAUGGAAAAGCAGCUGCUGCCUUUACCAUAGACCUGUACCCUCAGCAGUCCUGGGAAAGUAAGACGCAGGAAGGCUCCCAGGUCAUCAAAGUGAGACUUCAGAUAGAUGAAUUUUUCCUUUGAAAAACAUAUAUCACUUAUUUGGAGAAAGUCGUGAGUCGCGUGCACGCUCCCAGAAGGGGCCUAUCCCAUUGGGCUCUGCCUUACCGCUGCAGCGUCCCCACCUGGCUAGAGUUCACAUCUGACGACGCGAGACAGCAGAUCUACAAACUGGGCAAGGAGGACCUGACUCCUUCACAAAUCGGUGUGAUCCUGUGUGACUCACAUCGUGUUGCACAAGUACGUUUUGUGACAGGCACUAACGUGUUGAGAAUUCUUAAGUCCGGGGGACUUGCCCCUGAUCUUCCUGAGGAUCUCUACCAUUUGACUAACAAACCUGUUGCUGUUCGAAAGCCUCUUGAGAGGAACAGAAAACAUCAGGAUGCUAAAUUCCGAUUGAUUCUGAUGAGGAGCCGUAUUUACCGGUUGGGUCAAUAUUAUAAGACCACGCGUCUAUCUCACAACUGGAAAUGUGAGUCAUCCACAGCCUCUGCCUUGGUUGCAGAAAUUUGGCUUUGUACUCACGCAAUAAAAUCACUGUCUAACUAG